CGUCCCGGUCCCCGUCCCGGUCCAGGUCCCCGCCCGCCGUCCCCGAGCCGCGGCGCCCAGAGCUGCGAUCCGCGCGCCCCGCUCCGCCGCCGCCGCCCUGGACCGGGCCGCCAUGUCGCUGUGGAAGAGAACCAUCUACAAGAGUGUGUGCCUGUCGCUGGCCCUGCUCGUGGCUGUAACAGUAUUCCAGCGCAGUCUGACCCCCAGCCAGUUUCUGCAGGAGCCCCUGCUACCCACCCUCGGGUUACAGAAGGCCCAGAAACCGAGCGGACACCUGGUGAACCCUGACAGCUUCUGGAAGAACCCGAAGGAUGCGGUCACCCUCACACCCAUGGUUUCACGGGGGCCCCAGGCCUGGGACGUGACCACCACUAACUGCUCAGCCAAUGUAAACCUGACCCACCAGCCCUGGUUCCAGGGCCUGGAGCCACACUUCCAGCAGUUUCUGUUCUAUCGCCACUGCCGAUACUUCCCCGUGCUGCUGAACCACCCAGAGAAGUGCAGCGGCGACGUCUAUCUGCUGGUGGUUGUCAAGUCCGUCAUCACACAGCACGACCGCCGCGAGGCCAUCCGCCAGACCUGGGGCCGCGAGCAGGAGUCGGCGGGCCGGGGCCGCGGCGCCGUGCACACCCUCUUCCUGCUGGGUACAGCCUCCAAGCAGGAGGAGCGGGCCCACUACCAGCAGCUGCUGGCCUACGAGGACCGCAUCUACGGGGACAUCCUGCAGUGGGACUUUCUUGACAGCUUCUUCAACCUGACCCUCAAGGAGAUCCACUUCCUCAAGUGGCUUGACAUCUACUGCCCCCACGUACACUUCAUCUUCAAGGGCGACGAUGACGUCUUCGUCAACCCCACCAACCUGCUGGAAUUUCUGGCUGACCGGCGGCCCCAGGAAGACCUGUUUGUGGGUGACGUCCUGCAGCACGCUCGGCCCAUCCGCAGAAAGGAUAACAAAUACUACAUCCCCGGGGCCCUGUACAGCCAGGCCAGCUACCCGCCGUACGCAGGCGGAGGGGGCUUCCUUAUGGCUGGGGGCCUGGCCCGGCGCCUGCACCACGCUUGUGACACCCUGGAGCUUUACCCCAUCGACGACGUCUUCCUGGGCAUGUGCCUGGAGGUGCUGGGCGUGCGGCCCACGGCCCACGAGGGCUUCAAGACGUUCGGCAUCUCGCGGAACCGCAACAGCCGCAUGAACAAGGAGCCCUGCUUCUUCCGCUCCAUGCUCGUCGUGCACAAGCUGCUGCCCACUGAGUUGCUUGCCAUGUGGGGUCUGGUGCAUGGCAACCUCACCUGCUCCCGCAAGCUCCAGGUGCUCUGACAGCGGGCGGGCCGCCAGGGUAGACUAGGGCGUGUGCCCUCGAGCCCCGGAAGGCACGAGGCUGCAAGUGCGAGGCCAGGGCACAGCCUUUGGUCCCCGCGGGGGAGGUGGAGGGGUGGGCCUUACGUGUCCCCAGGUGUGGUGGGGUGCAGGUAGCCGGAGCUGAGGCCCGGGAACGUUUGGAACUGCCCAGACUGGAGACGGUUCUCUGGGGAGCAAGGCCACUGGCCCCCUGGCAGCCCUCCUAACCUGGGUCUGUGGCCUGGGUCCCUCUUGACCUGGUGGGAGGCCCUGGUGGCCUCUGAAGGAACCCUGUGCUCAGGUACCUGGGCUAGACCUGCCCCUGGAUGGGUCUGCGGCUGCCCUCUCACCUUCAUGGAGAAGAUUCUCCUUCUCCUGUGAAAUGCCUCAGUCUCCCCACGGGCCUAAGCAGCCCUUUCAGGAGAAGCUCAGCCCUGUGCAGGCUCACAGGCCCUCUCACGCCCCUGGGUCUCCUGGAGACUGAGCCUCAGAAGGCCCUCGGCACACCCCCGCCCCUGACCUACCUGGGGUUUGGCUGCCCAGUCUCUACUCCCAGUUGGCUUCACUCCUAGCUGCGUCCUGUGACGCUCCAUCCGGCUCCCGUCUGUCUGGAAGCAUGACCGGCCACUCUGACUACCUCAGCGAUCCUCAGAACCUCUGGAUGGGCUGCAGCCCCACCUCACCCCCUGACGCAGGGCCGAAGAGCAGUGCUCCGGCCCCGGCAGUCACGGUGAUGCCCACCAGCCCAAGCCGAGGGCCCUCCUGCAGCCCCGUGAGGCCUGGCUCCCCAGCCGGAAACCAGCCGGCUUGACCCUGGAAGUGGACAUUCCUUUAUUAAUGUGAAGUUUUAUUUAUGAAGAAUUUGGAGGGAGAAGGUGCCAGGCCUCGGGAGAAGGUGGUGUUCUUCCCUCCCCUUCCCUCAUUUCAGCAAGACACGACCUGCCUCGGCCACUCUUCCCCGCACAGCCACAACCCCGCCCCGGCACCCCCGUGCCCGUCCCAGCCCCGCUCCAGAACCCUGCCCGACCUGCACGCCUACUUCUGCAGGGCCUUAGCAGACCAGCAUUCGCCCCUGUGAAGGGAUGGCGUGGCCCUCGUGGGCCGCCCCACUCAGGUUCAGGGGUCCUUGGGGGUGGCUGCAGACGGAUGCCACCUCGGAUCAGGGUCGAGUCACCUGGGAAAAGAUUGAGGGAUCGACUCUAUUUUCUCAAUAAAAGGGGACUGAUUUUUUUUCUGGUGUGAAAGUUCCUGUCGCCAUCUCCGUCGGAGGGCCUGUCUGGGGCCAAGGUUGCUGGAGAUUUCUGAAGACACAGCUCGUUCCUUGUUCUUGGCUGGUGGGUACACAAGGACCCUUUGAAGGACCUUAGAGGGAGCUGAGUGCCAGGAUGAAAGCAGAGUCAAGAAAGACGCCCCCUGGGUGGGGAGCGGGGUGCAAGAGAGACCUGCCGCCCGCGGAGUGUUCCCAGCGAGCGCCAGGCCAGAGCCGCCCGAGGCCGGCGUUGCAGCGAGUGGGGUUGGGUCGGGGGCGUGCAGGGGCUGGUGGGCUUCCUGACGUUCCUUCAGCCAGCCUGGAGCCUUGGUAAGGUUGACAAGCGGCACUGAAACAGUGGCUCUGUGGGGGCCGGUGUGAGCGGGACCGCACUGUGCAGGGAACCUCGGCCUGCGUACUUCCAGGCUGGCACUGGGGCUGUAGUGGGCAAGCCAGCAGCUCCCUGCCUGCGCCCAGUGGGUCACAUGCCCCGAGAGGGUCGCUUACUUAUUAACGUCCACGCUAGGACUCUCCUCCAGGUGAGUGAGAGGAACGGCUAGAUCCUAACGUGACGCACCGUCUUAGAAUGUUAAGAAUUUCACGUUGGCACAGCAGAGUUAAAGCGGGCCCAGUGCCCUUCUGAGGCGGAGCCUUGUGCCUGUACGGGUCACUAGCCCUCUCUGUCCAUCACUCACCCUCUGAAGCCAGGGGCUGCAGAAAGCAGGGAGGGGCUCUGGGGUCUCUGCCUUCCCAGAGCUCAGUCCAGCGAGGCCGAGAGCCAUGGAGGGAAUCCAGGAGACAGAGGUGGAAGGGCCACUGGACCCAAGGCCCAGGUGGGGGUCCAGAGGCGGCCUUUGUGUUCAGCUGCCCCCU